UCUGAUUGAGCCGGAGCGAGCAGGGCCGGGGCAGGGCUGCAGAAAAUACAUAUACAUGCAGGAUCUGCAAAUGUGAAAAAUAAACUGGAUUUACUGGACGUCGUCAGCACUCGGUGAAGUCAUUAAAUGGUCUGCUGCGCUGGGACGUUUGCAAUAUCCACACGUAGCCUGAAGGAUGUCCCAGUACACAGACGAGCCGCGCUUCACCAUCGAGCAGAUCGAUCUGCUGCAGCGGCUGCGACGGAGUGGCAUGACCAAGCCAGAGAUCGUCCAUGCACUGGACACGCUGGAGCGUCUUGACCGCGAGCAUGGAGACAAGUUUGGGCGCCGUGGCUCCGCCUCCUCCUCCUGCGGCCCUGCUCCGUCCGUAUCCGACCCCGCCCCCUCACAGGCCGCCACCACCAGUGAACGUUCCACCUCCCACAUGGCUGUGUGUACUGCCACCACCGCCACACAGACUCAGUUUCUCUCCCCAUCACCGAGCAACAGCUACGCCACCUCGCCACCCGUCUCACUGGUUGCUGUGACGCAAAACGGGACUCCUAACGGAAAACUGUCUCCACCUCGUUACCCGGCAGGAAACGCGGCGGCAGCGGUGGCGGUGAGGCCGUAUGGGUUCGAUGGGACUGAGGAAGAGAUGGACGUUGACGACAAGGUGGAGGACCUGAUGAGGAGGGACAGCAGUUUGGUAAAGGAGGAGAUCAAAGCUUUUCUGGCUAACCGGCGUAUCUCUCAGGCAGUGGUGGCCCAGGUCACUGGAAUCAGUCAGAGUCGGAUCUCUCACUGGCUCCUACAGCAGGGAUCUGAUCUGAGCGAGCAGAAGAAGAGAGCCUUCUAUCGCUGGUACCAGCUGGAAAAGACCACUCCAGGUGCUACUUUGAACAUGCGUCCUGCCCCAGUGACCCUGGAUGAAAUUGAGUGGCGGCAAACUCCACCCCCAAUAAGUUCGGCCACAGGCAGCUUCCGUCUGCGCAGAGGCAGCCGCUUCACCUGGAGGAAGGAGUGUCUUGCUGUGAUGGAAAGCUACUUCAAUGACAACCAGUAUCCUGAUGAAGCUAAAAGAGAGGAGAUCGCCAAUGCCUGCAAUGCUGUAAUACAAAAACCAGGGAAAAAGCUGUCUGAUUUCGAGCGAGUGACAUCCUUGAAGGUCUACAACUGGUUUGCUAACCGGCGCAAAGAGAUCAAGAGGAGGGCCACUAUUGGGUCUUUUUUCCAAGAAGCCACAAUCCUGGAGAGUCACGGGAUUGACGUGCAGAGCCCGGGAGGACACUCCAACAGCGAUGACAUCGAUGGCAACGACUACACCGAGCAGGCUUGUGAUUUGCCCUACUUCGAGAAGAGACAGUUGGCGCGGCCAUUCGGUUUCUACAGGCUCGAGCCGACAUCGCCAACCCAGGACGACAGCGCUAACCAUGCAGACCAUCAGGAUCCCAUCUCCCUCGCCGUGGAGAUGGCAGCCGUCAAUCAUAGUAUCUUGGCUCUGUCUCGCCCGGGUGGUGUGGCCAGCGAUAUCAAAACCGAGGCGCUGGAUGACGACUGAGAAAUAGCUGUGUGUGUGUGCGUGCGCGUGGUUGAGUGUCUAAGUGCGUGAGUGCGAGUGUGUGGAGAAACGGAUGCGUGUUGUUUCCAGGGCAGAGGUCGACUCGUGAUGACUUCAUGCUGCUCAGACGUGGGUCACUCUCUUCCUCUGCGUCCUUUCAUUACACUGUAUCUGAAAAAGGCCAUGUAGUCCAGGUUCUGUUCCUCAGCCUGGGACUGUUAAAAAAAAAAAAAAAAAAAAAAAAAACAACAAACAAAACCACAAAGGUCCUCAUGUUUACUGGAAUCUUCCACAGUGUAGGGCCAUCACCUCCGGCCCUUCCUUUAACCUGACCCCCCAACCUUUACCUCAUUCCGCUCCAGGAGUGUGUCGUGCUUUUUGCGUUUCGUCCCUCAUCGGUGCUUCCUGGAAGUGGCGUUGUCUUUUUUGCGCGGACGUGCAGGAGCUUUUUGCGGACAUUUGACGUUGGCGCGUGCAAGCGAGCGAGAGUGUGUGAAGCUUUAUAGGAGGAAUGAGAAUGUGUGACGCGCAGCCCCAUGGCUGUGUUUCAGAUUUCUGUAUCGACUGACAGCUCUGUGUAUUUAGGCGCUUGAACACUUUUAUUCCCUCUUACAGUUGGCUUGGUUUUAUUAUUAUUAUUAUUAUUAUUAUUUCAGUGUAUUUUAUUUUAAAACUGAUUAUAGUUCAGGUUUAACCCGCAAUCAGAUUAUUACGUACUUCUUUUUGGUGUUUUGUUUUUUUUGUUUGUUUUUUUUGUUUUGUUUUUUAAUGGAAAGAGGUGAACUGAAAUGUAAAUGGGCAAAAGCAAAAAUAUGUGGGUUUAUAAAUGCCAAAGGUUGUAAACUUAAGAGUCCCUCGGACUAUAAAAGUGAUGGUAAGCUAAAAGCCUCUAAACACAGAACGCCCGUAAUUUUCUGGACUUGGGUGUAAUGUUGCUCCUUCAAACCCUUGAACCUUGCAUCAGAGCGUGUCCAGUUAGAGACAGAGAGAUGGAAAGGUGGAGUGCUCUUAUCUUAACCCUAAACCUCAUAAUCUGGCCAGUGCAUCAUUUCUUGAUGCAGUCUGUUUUUUCGUGACGUUCUUGCAGUGUACAGAAAAUGCUAAUAUGUUUCUGUUCUGCCACUUCUGCUGUAGGCAUGUGCCGAUAUUCGGUUAGACAACUGGAUAAAACCUUUUAGUCUAGACUUCAGGAAAAGAAUCUGUCCCAGAGAUCAUUGUCUACGUACUGCAGCAAUAUUAUUUUACAGUCCGCCACAAACAAGGGGACAUACGGUAUAACAUGCGAUGAAUUUCUUAAGAUCGGUAAACUAGUAUGCAAACGCUCAAGGAAGGGGUCGGGCUUACCUCCAAAGGGUGAGUGAGUUCCUGGGUGAGCUCCGUUUUUGGCAAACGUCUUGUAUUAGGAAUGCUCCGAUCCUCCUACCUUUACUACGUUUAAACAAUACUUAGGACCUUCUGGGUAUCAGAGCCGCUACAUCCUCAGACUAACCGAGCAACUCUCAGCAAGCUUCAUUUCACAGAACCUCACAAUCACAACCGUCUAUGUUGUAAAGUUUAUGUCCUGUGUUCACAUUUACAAUUCCGAUCCAGUGUUUCAGGGCAGUAUUGACCUCAAUACUGAUACUCAGUAUCGGAUCGACGCAUCACUAUCAUGCUAUCGCGCAUAAACUCAGAAUCGGCACAUGCCUAGCCUGCUGUUGAUUAACGCAGGCUCGGUACACUUUCCAGUAUGUAGCUAUUUUACUCAAUAAAAAAUAAAAUAAAAAAAACCUAGCUAAAAUAUAAAAAACCUUGUUAUAUUCGAUAUGAUUUUAUGAUCUGUCUUUUCUCUUUCCCAGUGUAAAAAACAAAAGCUGAGUGAUAUUUAUGAAAUGCAGAAUUAACUAAUCAAGGGUUCUUCUUCUAUGUCGUAUAUCUUUUUAAGUUUCAUAUAUUUUUUUUUUUUUAAAAGAGCAGUCUUUCUGUGUGUCAGAUAUUUUCAAACAUAUUUUGGAACAGAAAACAGAGCACCCCCUAGCAAAAGUGAAAGCAGGUUUUAAAGCCACAACAGAAAGCUGAAGCAGUGUUACUUGAAGAUCCUGUUAACUUUAAAAAAAAAAAAAAAAAAAAAAAAAAGGAUUUUUAUGUAUUAUUAAUAAGAGUCAGCCAAAAAAAAUGUAUACACACAAAAGAAUAUUGAUUGAUAGACUGAUGAUAUUAUUAUUAUAUUAAUACAAUAUGCAUCAUACUCUUCCUGAAGUGUGUGUACUUUUUUUUUUUUUUUUUUUUUUUUGGCUGACUCUGCACAUAUUUACUCUUGACUGAGCAGCUGAGGCUCAGGAUUUAGAAACCAGCUCUCUAACAGUUUCGCAAUUUGAUCUUGCAACCUUCUGCUCACUUGCAUGCACCUUUUUUUCACUGAGCUACACAGUUUUUGUUACUGAAAAAAUUCGCAGAAGCAGAAAUGAUCACUAAUUCUUAAUUUGACAGGACUUCUCUAGAAACCCUAGCUAGCCUGUUUUUUAUACUUUUUAAUUGGAACAUAGCAAGCUAUAACAUUUGAUUUUGCUAAUGUAUUUUUUUUUUUUACUUAGAUUUUUAAAAUAUUGGAUGAAUCCUACUUGCAGUCUCUAUUUUUUUUAGGAAGGUUAGAAAACUGUUUUGUUUAGAGAUUGCUGGAUUAUUGUUAUUAUUAUAUAUUUUUUUAAUCUGAUCUGCAAAUUCCAGGUAAAAAAAAAAAAAUACAAAAUAUUACAGGACAAAAAAAAAUUUAACAGAAAAUGAAAAAAGGCUUUAGAGGGCUGUAGCAGCAUUUGAACUCUUAAUGUGAUAGUGGACGCAUUUAUUACAGGUAAUAUAAGCAUAAUCAGGAAUACAUGUAGUUUGUCAAUAAUUUAAGGUUUUUCAUUAUUUCUUUAAAUAAUUCAGGUCAUAAAUAUUGGGAAGCAUCCUGUUGAGUUCAUUCGUCGCAUGCACGGUGAUACUGAAUCAGUUAUAUAUAAGGCUGAUCAGCUGAUCACUGAUCAUAGACAGCUCUGAUCACAAGCUAAACGAUCAGUCUGUUUCUUCUGCUCUGUGUUUAGCUAGAUAUUCAUUCACUCAUUGUCUAUACCGCUUAUCUUAUGGGAGCCUAUCCCAGGGGACUAUCUAAGCAAAACUUGACUCCCCAUAACCCAUUCCCCUCCUACCCCCACCACAUAAGAAGGAGCGCUGUUUUACUGAAUAUCAGCACAACUGUGAUCAUAGACUGUAUAAGAACUUAACAAACCCUUGGUGACAUCACCCAUAGGUUUUCUGAAGAGCGGUUUUAAAACUUAGAGAGCCCUGGCCAUUUAGGAGCUGAUAAUCAUCAUCACAAUCAUACAAUGAUGCAUAACAGACAGCUAGCAGUGUGACAGCAGUUUGGUGCUUAGUUAGUAACCUAGAAACCCAGUGUAAGAUCUAUCCCGUGACGAAAACUUAAGCAUUUUGUAAUCGCUCUGGAUAAGAGCGUCUGCCAAAUACCUAAAUGUAAAUGUUGACAGCUGUCUAUCAGCUCGGCCAUGUCCCUAAUUAUAAGGCUAAAUGUCAUUUUAAAUGAUCAGUUACAUAAAAAUUCACUCCUCGUUACAGUUAUGAAUUGAAAGUUUAGCUGUGUACACCAUGAAAACCAUUUUCUGUACCAGGCUGCAAACUUUUCUUUUGUGAAGUUUUAACUUUGGGCUCUACAGUAUGUGGUUCCAGGUGCUAGCACCUAGUGGUCAGUGGAGGAAUUGAACAUUUCUGUGCGGGACUCAUUUUUGAGAAUUAAAAGUCACCCUUUGGCUAUGAUGUGGUCUUAAAGAUAUCACAGCCGUGCUGAUAUUCGCUACAACAGUGCAAUCUCUAGUGUGAUAAUGUUUCUAUACAACAGUUUUACAAACGGCAUUUAUAUAAAAAGGUUAUGAUCUGACAAAUUAUUGGUCUUCGCCAACACAGUUUUCUGACUUGAAUGUUGCUAGGCAACACAAACAAUGAGCAUAUUCUCUAGCUAAAAGGAUACUUUUUAAAUAUAAUUUUUAAAGCUUAUGUUAGUUUUGGGGUUUUUAUCUAAUUAAGCCGGUCAUCAAAGUUUCAAUAUUUCAAUAUAGAUAUUUAUGCAGGUUGGAGCAAAUUGUAAUCUAACGAUGUAGCUAGCUUUCCAGCCAUAAUUUCUGCUCUGAGAGGACAGUUCAUUAACAAAAAGCAACCACUUACGUUUUUUGUUAGUUUUUUCUCCUUCACUCUUAUGGCAUAUUGCAGUGUAACUCUGACAUACACUGUAUUUAUGUGCUCAUACUGCUCUGGUAUGUAUGGCAAAUAUAUAAACACUUGCGCGCGCACACACACACACAAGGUGGAACACUGUGCCAAACUGUAAUAUCACAUUGACUGGGCUUUAUAAGCCAUCUGUUAUGGAAGACGUAGUUCUCAGCUGCAACACACACUAGUAUUACAGUUCAAUGUUUAGCCUGAAUCCUUAAAUUUAUUUGUGGGGGUGCUUUGUAUUCCAGUCUUCAGGGUUCACAUUCAUCUGUCCAUAAACAUCUCCUCUGCCUAUAGUUUAUAUUGACAGUUCAAUAACGAUGUAUCGUAAAAAUUACACUAUAAUAAACCUAUAAAUAAACUGUUAAAAAUAAAUGUAUUGAUUUUUAAGUAAGUUGGAUCUCAAUCAUUCUGUCCCAUUUAAGACUUUAGUGCCUUUUUUGGACAGUAGACUGUUCUGUAAUUAAACUGUAGUAUAUAUUAGCGGUUUUUUGUACAGUUUCUUUGUUUAAGAUGACUUUUUUUAAAACUUGUGUUUAUUUUAGUAUUGUAUCUACUAGAGAAUAAAGGUAUAUUG